GCUGCCUUUCCGCCGAGCGGCUGCUGCGAGCGAGCAACUCCACGUAGCUCACAGACUCAAAACACGCCUAAAGAUGCCCCCAAAAAAGACAGAAGCUCCCAAACAGGCUCCAUUAAUUGGACGUUUUGGGACAUCUCUAAAGAUCGGGAUUGUGGGAUUGCCUAAUGUUGGGAAAUCCACCUUUUUCAAUGUGCUGACCAAAAGCCAAGCGGCUGCAGAAAACUUCCCAUUCUGCACGAUCGACCCUAAUGAGAGCAGGGUGCCUGUCCCAGAUGAACGCUAUGACUUCCUGUGCCAGUACCACAAGCCAGCCAGCAAGGUUCCUGCUUUUCUCAAUGUCGUGGAUAUCGCUGGUCUGGUGAAGGGAGCUCAUUCAGGGCAGGGACUGGGAAAUGCUUUCCUUUCUCACAUCAGUGCUUGUGACGCCAUCUUCCAUAUGACGCGUGCAUUUGAUGAUGAGGAUAUUAUCCACGUUGAGGGCAACGUUGACCCAGUGAGGGACAUUGAGAUCAUCCAUGAGGAGCUGCGGCUAAAAGAUGAAGAAAUGAUCGGUCCAAUCAUGGACAAACUGGAGAAAACGGCUGUCAGAGGAGGGGACAAAAAACUCAAACCUGAAUAUGAUACUAUGAUCAAGAUAAAGAGCUGGGUUGAGGAGGAGAAGAAACAUGUCAGAUUUUACCCUGACUGGAACGACAAAGAGAUAGAGGUGCUGAACAAAUACCUGUUUCUGACAUCCAAGCCCAUGAUCUACCUGGUUAAUCUGUCAGAGAAGGAUUAUAUCAGAAAAAAGAACAAAUGGUUGGCUAAGAUCAAAGAGUGGGUAGAUGCUCAUGAUCCCGGUGCCAUGGUAAUUCCCGUGAGUGGAGCUGUGGAGUCUAAACUACAGGACAUGGAGGAUGACGAGAGGAAUAAAUACUGCGAGGAGCAGAAGACGCAGAGUGUUCUGACCAAAAUAAUAAAGACAGGUUAUGCAGCACUACAGCUGGAAUACUUUUUCACAGCUGGACCGGACGAGGUGCGAGCCUGGACCAUCAGGAAAGGUACCAAGGCUCCUCAAGCUGCAGGAAAGAUCCACACAGACUUCGAGAAGGGUUUCAUCAUGGCUGAGGUGAUGAAGUUCGUCGACUUCAAAGAGGAGGGCAGUGAAAAUGCAGCCAAGUCUGCCGGGAAGUACAGACAACAGGGCAGGAACCAUGUUGUGGAGGACGGUGACAUAAUCUUUUUCAAAUUCAACACACCCAAUGCACCCAAGAAGAAAUGAUGGGACCAAGCAGCCACCAGGGGAGUGAUUCAGAAUACAGUUUAGUCUAACCCCAAGCUGCUGUGCUGGGUGUUGGUUUUCAUUCUUCCCUUCUGAAUUCAAAGGAUAAACAUGAAGUCGAAGUGACCCCGGUUCUGUGGACAACAUACAAUUUAACACAUCCAGAUUUAAAGUUUUUUCAAUUUAAUUUUUUGUUUGUUGGGACAAACUGUUUUAGUAUUUAACAUGUCGAUGGAAAAAAAAAAAAAAAAAAACAAGUGAAAAGUGCAUGACACACAAACAAAGUGCCAACAUGCCUUUUCAUUUAGAUUUUUGAUGAACAUCAAACAAGCCUCAUUGGUGACGUUAUGUUUGAUUAUUUAAAUCACAGAGCUAAGAGGCUUUGUUGGUAAAGGUUUCCCCCUCGGUUUGUUUCUUAAGUAUUUAUAAAUACAUGUUGCUUUCAUUAACUGACAAGUUCUUCAAUCCUAACAGGCCUCUUAUUAAAGGCAGAUGUGUUAUGAAAGUGCUAAAAUUGAGUAUAAAGCAACAUUCUCCCAUGUGAUUUUUUUUUUUUUUUUUUCUCUCUCUUCUACUUCAAAUCUUUACCCUAGAAAGAUGCUUUAAAAUGUUCAACGUUCAGGAACUUCUCACUGAUGUGUUUAUAUUAAAGAGAAUGAAAACCAUCGCUCCGUCUCACUUAGGGAAAUGCUUUGCUGGGAGCUCGAGGGAUAUUGUUCUAGAAAGAUCAAGGCAGAUGUCGCUAACAACGCCUUGUAAAAACAUCUGAACUGAAAUCGUGUUAAAUAAGCUGCUUUUAUUGACCUCCUUUGGUUUGGUUAUGACAAAACUUUGUUGUAAACUUUAUCCUGCAUAACAAAACAAUGCUUUGCUGUGGAUCAUCUGGGUUGUUGGAUUGAACACACAUUUUCAUCUUCUCAUCGCACCCACAGUGUGAACAUCUUUUGAUUACGCACCGUCUUGUCACAUUGUAGACAAAAAUGAAAAAUCGUGUUAGCUGAAGGGAGCAAAACGGUAAAUAAUGCCACCAUCAAUAUGCAUGUGUCAAUAAAAGGGGGAAAAAGAC